UCUCUUGUGGUUUUUGAAUUGAACUUUCUUUCUCUCUCUCUCUAUCAACUCUAUCAACCCUACAUCAAUCGUUCUUCUUCACGCAGAGGAAGAGAGAUAGGUACAAACAUGGCGGUGGCUACUUUUGGUCAGUUGAAUCUUGAUGAAUCGCCACUAUGGGGUUCUCGAAGUAUCGAAUGCUUUGAAAAGCUUGAACAAAUCGGUGAAGGAACUUAUGGGCAAGUGUACAUGGCCAGAGAUAAACAAACUGGGGAGAUUGUUGCUUUGAAAAAGAUACGUAUGGACAAUGAGAAGGAGGGGUUCCCCAUAACAGCCAUCCGUGAGAUUAAAAUUCUAAAGAAAUUGCAGCAUGAAAAUGUCAUUAAGCUGUUGGAGAUAGUAACCUCUCAAGGUCCUGAAGAGGAUGAGCCAGAGAAGCUAGGUAAUCCAGCUAAGAAAAUUUUCUUAUUUGUAGUGAAGUUCCUUUCCAAAUGUUUGCAGAAAUUAACAUCCAUGAAUUUCGAAUUUCAUACAGGAAUAGAUAGUAACAAGUACAAGGGAAACAUCUACAUGGUUUUUGAAUACAUGGAUCAUGACUUGACUGGCCUUGCUGAUCGACCAGGGUUGAGAUUCACAAUUCCGCAGAUUAAAUGCUACAUGAAGCAACUGCUUACUGGUCUUCAUUACUGCCAUAUUAAUCAAGUUCUUCACAGAGAUAUCAAAGGCUCUAAUCUUCUGAUAGAUAAUGAAGGAAAUCUGAAGCUUGCUGAUUUUGGUUUAGCCCGCUCAUUUUCUGGUGAUCAUAAUGCUAAUCUGACAAAUCGUGUUAUUACUCUGUGGUACAGACCUCCGGAAUUGUUGCUUGGAGCCACAAAGUAUGGACCCGCUGUUGACAUGUGGUCCGUUGGUUGUAUAUUUGCUGAACUUUUAUUCGGAAAGCCAAUCUUACCUGGGAAAAAUGAGCCUGAACAAUUGAACAAAAUAUUUGAGCUUUGUGGAACCCCUGAUGAGAUUAACUGGCCUGGUGUAUCAAAGAUUCCCUGGUACAGCAAGUUCAAGCCAGCAAGGCCAAUGAAAAGACGAGUUAGAGAGGUCUUUAGGCAUUUUGACCGCCAUGCUUUGGAUUUAUUAGACAAAAUGCUGAAUCUUGACCCAUCUCAGAGAAUAUGUGCAAAGGAUGCUCUAGAUGGUGAAUAUUUCUGGACCGACCCCUUACCUUGUGAUCCUAGAAGCCUACCUAAAUACGAAUCAUCACAUGAGUUCCAGACUAAGAAAAAGAGGCAACAGCAGAGACAGAAUGAAGAAAUGGCCAAAAGACACAAGCUGCAGCACCCACAGCAACAUUCGCGCCUCCCUCCUAUCCAACAGCCUGGUCAUUCCCAGCACUGGGGUGGAUCUACUCAUCAAAUGAGCAAUUCCCAGCCUGCAGUAUCUGCUGGGGCUGGUCAUCAUCAGUUUGGAAAGCCUCGUGGUACUGGAGGAUCAAAUCGAUAUCCUCCAGGUGGAAACCCUGGUGGGGGCUAUUAUCAAGAUCGUGGGGCACAGGGCGGAGGUUAUAGUAGUGGGCCAUAUCCACCUCAGGGACGAGCCCCACCUUUUCCUGGCAGUGGGUUGGCUCCCAGUGGUCCCCGGGGACCGAGUGGUGGAUAUGGUGGUCCUCCUAAUUACUCCCAAAGUGGUCAAUAUGGAGGUUCUGGUGCAGGGAGAGGUUCUAACCAGAUGAGUGGAAACCGCAACCAGCAAUAUGGUUGGCAGCAAUAGUCUGACAUGUGUAUGCAGAGUAUAGAAAAUCUGGCUAGACAACAUCAAAGAAAAUCAAUAUCAAUUGUAAGAAAUUGGGGGAUUAUGCAACAUCUUUUGCA